AUGGCCGACGGCAAGCAUCCCGGCGCAUCCGGGACCGACCUCGCCGCGGGGGUGAACGACCAUGGGGUGUUGCAGAGGAGCGAGAGACGCCUUGCGCAUCCCUCCGGGAAGGAAGGCUACGGCCGCCUGGCUCAGGUCCUCCGGGGGCUUGCCUUUACCGUCUACUUUACUUCGUGCUGUCUGACGAUCGUUGUGACGCAGUUCAUCGGCGCGCCACUAUACUUCAUUAACCGCGACUGGUUCUAUGCGUACAUGGCCAUGACCAAGCGCUCGUUUGCGCUGACGACAACGGUCAUGACCCAAAUAUGGGGCCCGACUACAGUUCGAAUCAGCGGCGACGAGUCUGUUGCCGGCCAAAUAAAGUCUACCGGCAGCGGAGGCGUGCAGUUUUCGUUUCCUGAGCGACUCGUCCUCAUCGCCAAUCACCAGAUAUAUACCGAUUGGCUGUAUCUCUGGUGGAUUGGCUACGUCAACCAGCCAGCGAUGCACGGACAUCUGUACAUCAUCUUGAAAGAAUCACUGCGCUACAUUCCACUCAUCGGUACGGGCAUGAUGUUCUACGGGUUCAUCUUCAUGUCGAGGAAGAUGGCGACGGACCAGCCGCGGUUGGCUUACCGGCUCAAUAAGCUGAAGCAGAAGAGGACCGACCCCAAGGGAAAGCCAUACCUGGACCCCAUGUGGCUGUUGCUCUUCCCUGAGGGCACAAACUUGUCGGGUAACGGGCGACGGAAAUCCGGACAGUGGGCUGAGAAGAAUGGCCUGAAGGACCCCGAGCAUGUGAUGUUGCCGCGCAGCACCGGCAGUUUCUUUUGCCUCAAUGAGCUCAGGGGCACCUUGGACUACGUGUACGACUGCACAGUAGCGUACGAAGGCAUCCCCCGAGGCAAAUACGGCGAGGAGAUAUUUGGGCUCUCGAGCACAUACUUCCAAGGCCGACCGCCCAAGUCUAUCAACCUCUACUGGCGGCGGUUUCGCAUGUCCGACAUACCGCUCGACGACCAGAAGGAAUUCGACUUGUGGCUACGCGAGCAGUGGUACAAGAAGGACGAGCUCAUGGAGGAAUACCUGACGACGGGACGGUUUCCUCCCAUGGCCGGCGCGAAGGCUGGCUUUGUCGAAACCUCGGUUCGGACUCGUCAGCCCUGGGAGAUCCUGCAGGUUUUCACUGUCGUAGGAAUCUGCGGCCUCCUCUGGAACAACGUUAGGAGGCUCCUGCAUGCAGCUUCAAAGGGCCUCGGCUUCUAG